UUUCACACAAUUUUUUACUCUUCAAAUAUGUCAAUUGGAGUUCCUGUGAAGCUUCUACACGAGUCCCAGGGCCACGUUGUAACGCUCGAACUAAAGACCGGGCAAUUGUACCGCGGAACGCUGACUGACACCGAGGACAACAUGAACGUGCAGAUGAAGGAUAUCACAGUUACCGAGCGCGAUGGACGCACAUCGCAUCUGAAACAUGUGUAUGUACGCGGCUCCAAUGUGCGGUUCUUUGUGGUCCCGGAUAUGCUCAAGAAUGCACCCAUGUUCAAGCGCAUGGACCCCAAAUUCGCAAAGAUGCGCGGCAUUGGCAUGGGCCGUGGCAAGGCGGCGGGGCGCGGUCGUGGCCGGGGUCGCGGUGGAUCUACGAGGGGUCGUGGUCCGUACUAAUUCUUCGUGUUUGUUGUUUUUAAAAAAAGACUCAUUUCGGUACUAGAA